AUGCAAGGGCUCAGUGAACACCAACAACUCAUCAGGGAGGUCUUCCUCAUCAUGGUGUACCAUCACAAUGAGGCAACCGAAGAAAUUCUCAAUGGCAUCAUGAAACUUCCAUCAAUCCCCAGCUUUGGUGUGAUUCUCUUUCUGGGCAAACCCAGCUUACAAUUUAUCUGGGAGACGUUUUGUGCAGACAAAGCAGAAGUCGCCAAAAUUCUGCAGGAGUUACUUUCACAUCAGUAUUUGAGCUUGCGUACCACACCAACAACCCACGACAAUUACGACCUAGCCAAGCUUUUUGACAUGCGCGAUAAAGACUUCAAACAAGCUGUCAGAACCACCAAAGAUGGAUUCCUUUGGCUUCUUGAUCAAAUCUGUCAACAUCCUAUAUUUUACAGCAAUAGCCCUUGGCCUCAGCUUCCCAUUCCCCAUCAAUUGGCCCUUACACUCAAACGACUUGGAUCUAACGGGAACAGUGCUUUGGUUAAAAUCAACAAGCUGAGAUAUCAGAAGUGA